CUUCGAAUGAAGGCCCCGUCGGAGUCGCCCGAAGGUGGAAUCUGAACUGGCAGAUGCGCCUCCCGCAGCACGAAGCUCCCGUGCCAGAGCCCUCAACGUUCCGGCACCUUAGCAGGAAGAUUUGGCUCGCGCAGCGAUUCUGUGAUAACCGCGUGGUUCGCCUCGAGAGCCAGCGGAUUCGUCACGUACCUUUUUGUUGUGCCCCAGUUACUUUUCCUCAGACGCUCAGACCACGUCUUGACAUCAUGUUCGACAACGCUACGGAGUUGUUGCAUCUUUUUCGCGGCAGACAAGGCUGAUGUGCAGCCUUCUACGGGUCCCGGUUUGUGUCUGCUUAUGCUUCGCAGCUACAAUUUACGAACAUUUACGUCUAUUCGCCACGUCUGCAAGGCUGCGAACCCGAGCAAUAACGCACGUUCUACAUUUGCUCGCCGCUGCGGGAGGGCAACGUAGUCUCCUGACCGCACCAGCCUGACGCAGACUGGUGUACUGAUGCACGACGCAGUGGAAUGAGUCCGAAUCUGCUUCGGACGCCUCCCAAGCAAUCGAAAUGAGACCUCUGCCACAGCGAGCACAUAAAAAUGGCCAUGUAGGCGUGCCGGAUGUUCGCGGUUCGCCCAGGCCGUUCUUUCCCUGGUGAAAUGUUGCUGGGCACGCGGCAAGGAACGAGUGAACGGCACUCGAUCAUCGAUCUUCUGCGGACCACACGGUGUCUUCACGAUGACAAAACAACAAGUCCCCCUGCCUCGAAUCGCAGCAAAGCAAGCGGCGCAGUAGUGCCACACGCGUUCACACUCGCGCACAAACACAAAAAGGACCUGCGCAGCUGAGAUGGCAACUUCGGGAUUCGAGGUCAGAAUUGCAUUACUAAUGAGAACGUGGUUGCUGCGUCCACACUCGGCAGUCACCAUCGUGCCAGCUCGUGCCACGGAGCCGUCUCGAGAGGAGGCAGGUACUCACACAACCUCUCUCCUUCCUCUGUCGCUUGCAUCGCGUCCCCGUGAUUGCUUCCCUCUUACGAUGCGAGUCAAGCAGGAGGAUGGGGAAAGUGCAGUGGACCAGCGGAUGCGAGCACGGGAAGGUGCUGGUGGUGCGACACGGAGGACUUUCUCAAAGAAGUACCAUGUACGGCACAGGUUGAGGAUGGGGCGAUGGUGGUCAAAGCCGGCCGAUUGGCACCGGGCGCAUCGAUGAUGGACGGAUCGGGGGGCGAGGGAGCAAGCAAAAAUAAGCGAAGACGCGAACUCGUUCUCCGAAGCAGUCGGGGGUUGGGUGAGUGGCAGAGCGGAGGGACGAAGGGCAAGCGUCGGCAGGGAUGUGAUUGGCUGCUGGCAGGAAUUCAGUGCCUGGGGCAUCAAGCGGCGCGACGGCCGGGCUUCAAAAAGACGUGGAGCGAAUGCAGCCCGUUUCGAUUAUGACGUACACCGCAAUUCUUCUUUUCCUUUCCUUCAUCGUACUGUACGGCCACCAGACCACCAAUUCCAUUGUCCUUCGUCGUCUUCAGCAGUCAGCGCGACGCUUGCCAUCGUCGCCAGUCUUGUUUUCAUCCGUUCCAUCGAAGAACCCGGUCGAUUUGCGCGAGGGACCCCCCAAGUGCACGCCAGUGCCUCCUUUCUCUCUCGCGCCGCUGCGUGUCGUCAUCGUCCUUUGAUUUUGUCAUACCCGACGCAGCUCACGUACGGUGACGACAGAGGUGCAAACGCUCUCACACAAGCGCACAAGCACGCGAACACGCACUAUCGCCUCGACGCAAACGCAGCUGCCCACCUUGGCGACUCGCUUGGGACCUCCUGUCGAUAGCAGUCUCGAAGGGAGAGGGCCGCCAGCCUUUCAUUGCCGUGGACCGAUUUGUUGUCGCAGCGCAAGGACUAGCCACAGUUUGUCUUUCCCGGCGCGCCAAAGACGCGCACUUAAGCGCAGCCGACGCUUAAAGUGAGGAGCAGAAACGAGGCGCUGCAACCUUGACGGGAUCAUCCACGAGUCUGAAAACACGAACUCACUACGUCACUCCACGCCAUGGCCGCUGUUGCUAGCAGAAAUGCGAAUAACUCUCCGCAUCUGAGUACUAUGUCAUCGCCCAAGGAUGCGAAGAAAGUCAAGUCAGAAGGUAUCGUAAUCUCUCUCUAUUGCCCACUGUCGCCGCCCUUCUUCUGUCUUCCUUGUUCUCCACGUCGCCAGAUUGUCUUAACAGCACUUGCUCAUUUGCCUAAUCCAUCUACCCAAUGUCGUCACCUGAACCUUUGCUGCCAUCAUAGUCGUCGACACAUGAUCCUGGCUCUCCUCCGUUGACGCUCCGUCGCGCACUCACGUCGUGUGCGCCAUGCUCCUCGAGCCUGGGUCGUUGUUGCCGACGACGUUGCUGCAGCUGUGUCACCGAAAGGCAUGCUAUCGCCCUUCACCUCCCCAUCUAGAUAGGCGACAGUAGAAAGUAUCGGUGUCAGCAUUGUGUCUGCCAUUGUCCUUACCAAUAUCAAUCGUCACUGUAGCGUAUAAUUCGUCCUAACCCGCGACAGCAGACUCAGCGAAUUCGGUGCAGCCGACUUCACAGGCCACCUCAGACAUAGACUCGAAGCCAGCUACAACUGCUAACGGCGAGUCCAAACCUCUUGGGCCGCCUCCUAAACCCUCGGACGGCGGCGACUACUUUAGCACCGCUCACGGCACCAACGGCACUCAGUACGGCGCCGAACCUAAUCCAUUCGAAGCCCAGUUUGGGAACCCGUCGGCUGAAACUCCAGGCAAGAGUCUCCUGCCACCAGUCUCCAGUCUUACCUCACCUCAACCUAUACUAAACGGUAACACUCCAGGCUGGCCAUCGCUCCGGUCCGGACCACUGAGCCCGGCAAUGCUCACGGGCCCAACUGGUGCGCAGGAUUAUUUUGAUCCUUCGUUCAGCCGCGGAUUCCCAACACCAAACGAAAGCGGGCUGCGAACGGGGUUGACGCCCGGUGGUGGUGGAUCCAUGUUUCCUGCGCCGAGUCCGAACUCACAGGCAUUGUUCAAUUCUCUGCAAUCAGGUGGAGCAACACCAAGUACGCUGGACUUCUACCGCACAAGUCUCGGCGCAAAGGCGGCGUCACAAUCAGGCAGCUUCAAUCCACCAACCUCGCAGCCUACGGACCCACAGCUACAGAAUUCCAUGGACCGCUCGCAGCAGCCCAACCAACAAGAUCCUUUUACCCAGCAGCACGGUGACGCUGACGCCGUCAAUGGUCUGUACAUGCUGGCUCAAGCCUCCAAUGGCGCCAAUGGCGUCCGUAACAACCAGUACCCCGUACAAAACGCUCAGGCCCAAACCAGCAUGUCUGCGCAGGCGGGUUCGACAGCAAGUGCUUCCCCAGCAACCAGGAGAGCGGCCAAAAAUUCUAUUACCAGCAAUGAAACGAAUGAAGUUUCCGAAGAGGAAAGCGAACAAGAUAAACGUGCCACUCGCUCGCGCGGCAAGAAGGCUGCUAACACAAAGUCGACCCCUGCAAAUAACAGGCGGAAAGCUGAGGACGCUCCAGCAAAGGCGCCAGCGAAUAAAAGGUCGAAAGGAAACAAUGGUGCUGCGCAGGAGGCGGACGAUCGCGAGGACGAUGAAGAAGAGAUGAGUCCACCAGCUGCUGAGAAUAAUACGAAGAAGAUGACAGAUGAGGAGAAGCGCAAGAACUUCUUAGAACGCAAUAGAGUUGCUGCACUCAAGUGCCGUCAACGGAAAAAACAAUGGCUUGCCAACCUUCAGGCGAAGGUCGAGCUCUUCAGCACAGAGAAUGAUGCGCUCUCACAAACCGUCACUCAGCUCCGAGAGGAGCUUGUCAACUUGAAAACGCUCCUUCUGGCCCACAAAGAUUGCCCUGUGUCUGUCCAGCAGGGCAUCGCUGGGCCUGCAAUGGCUAUGUACCUCGGCGCCGACAGUGGCAACCACCACGCCAACCCUUAUGGCAUCGGCAUGCAGCCAAAUGGCCUGCCUCAGGGUAUGCAGAUGCCGAUGCAACAAACCGGACCCGGUGGACAAGGUGUUUCCAGGGGCUGACACUGUUUUAUGACUUGAAAUGGAUCACUUGUCUUUUGUUCCCCUCCGACAAGGAGGACGGCGCUUCGGGUUACAGUCCGAACGAUGUGAGGCAUCCGUCACGUUGAGCACAGCUUUGCGCAUUGCGGAUCACUGGUAGAAAUCCGUCAUGACCGGCCUGAAUUUUUGUGUUCCGGACUGCCAACCCAAAGCGCAUCCUUGUCAUCCAUUGUACUAGCCACAUAUGAGACCACGACGUCAUUCCCUGUAUACAUUCGGUGGUAUGAAGGCACGGCGGCAUACCCUUCAUCCCUUUUUUUUUUUCAUUUGUUCUUAGCAAUUCUCGAGCGACCUCCUUCUUCCAUUGGCUCUCAUUUUGGAUGUGUCUUGGCGAUGGAAACGUUGCAGCACUGAAAUUCUCUUCUGUCAUGUAUAUAAUCGAACGGAAUUCAUUUGACGGUUAAGGAAGAUUGGGUUAGGCAACAAAAUAAUUGGGCAGGGAGGCGCAGUCGGAUCGAUGACCGCAGUAGCAUGUUCAAAAAGGGUCUGUCAAAUCGGGUGGCAGAGACUGCAUCUGUCACUGACCACGCACCGGGAUGUACUCUUUGGAAACACUUUUUUAGGUUGAUUUAAUUAAUGUAGAUUACGAGAAUUCGGCCCAACAACUUCGUGUGAAAAAAAAGA